AUGAUUCCUAGUACGAAGGCUGCGAAGUGCAGCUUCGAGAGAAUGUUCGACCCAAAUCCUCGGAUCGACUUCGCCGAGAACCUCCCCGACACCACCAACUUCCUAUCGACGCCUGAGCCAACGGACAAACUAGUACAAGCUUACAGGAAAUUGGCAAAACUGGCAGACCUUGUCAAAGAAGGCAAGAGCCUUGCCAUCCACACUAACUACGCAAAGGCCCUACACAAACAGCGCAACCCCAUCACCGAGGCAAAGGACAACAUGCUUCCAAGCAAAUUAAGCCAAUACAACGCCUGGGUCGGCGGUGCUGUCAUGCCCACCAUCGACUGGAAGAACAGCCGUACAACCGUCGAGCUUCCCCAGCAUGAAGACUCUCGCUUGACAAAGCAAGUUCGCGCCAUCCGAGAAAUCUACGACAACCCGCACAUCUCUCGCACGAACGCAUACUGGUUCAUGAGCAACUUCAGGUACAUACUCCCUCUUAUUGAGGCAGUCGUGAUUGUAGGGAGUGCGCAGCGGAAGUAUGUCCGUGACCGAGAAGGACUCACCGAGACGGAGCUCGCGGAAUUGGAAACAGCUCGCAACAUUGUCCAGGUUACUAUGGAUAUCUUGGAGAAGAGAGAGCGUCGGCUGGAACUGGAUGAUACUCUUCGGAUGUCGACUCGUACCGUAGGAGCUGGGUGUGCUGCUCAUAUGUCCGCUAACUGUGUUUCAAAUUGCUUGCCGUAUGGCUCUGUGGCUCUCUACUGUGCACUCCGCGACAUGGAUCACAAACAAUCCAUGUCUACCUAG